GCAUCUUUUCUCCACAUGUCCUCUCUGACAGCAGCCUGUAUUGUGUGAUCUGAACGCUUUGGUUUGUUGGGUGUUUCUCUUUAAUUCUGCGGCAUGUCUGUCUGCUGCUGCUGCUGCUGUGGAGGAAGAGGAGGAGGAGGAGGAGGAGGAGGAGGAGGGCGGAGCACAUUUCGGACAGUAAACUGAUGCGCCAUGAUGCACGGAGCUCGGACUUUAGGGUGAUAUCAGCUCGUCUAACUUGGUUUGCAUUGAUCAGUAUUGGGUAUGAGGACAGUCCUGGUAUGCAGUCUGCAGACUGACCUCCAGUAAACCCUCCAGAGAGGAUCAGAGGACUUUGGAGAGAUUUUUUCUGCAGAGGUGUUUUUUUUUUGCGCAGCACAAAGAGGGAUGAUCCCCCAAACCUACUGAUGAUCACAUUUUACUAACGGACUCUACACACACACAGAGAGAGAGAGAGGCAUCGCUGCAAGAUGAUGUCACUGAUAGACCUGGACGACGACCAGAGAUGGGUGCCCACCCAUGUGAACAUCACCGUCCUCCGGGCCAGAGGUCUGCGCACCAAGGGCAAGCAUGGCAGCCGCUACCUGUACACCAUCAUCCAGGUGGGCAAGGAGAAGUUCACCACCGGGCUGGUGGAGAAGGCCGAGAUGCCGGAAUGGACGGAGGAGUGCUGCUUCGAGCUGCUGCCCGGCAUCCUGGAGGACGAGGGUCGGUACUCAUACCCCCCUGGGAGCGGAGACCUGGUCCUCACCGUCAUGCACCGGGUCCUCAUCGGACUGGACGUGUUUCUGGGUCAGACCAUCAUCCCUCUGGAUAAGAUCUUCCAGGAGGGGAUUUGUCCGAGAGAUGAAUGGUUCAAGCUCAACUCUAAGGCGGGCAGGAAGGAGAAGGAACGUGGUCAACUUCAGGUAACGGUCCAGUUCACCCGCAACAACAUGACAGCCAGCAUGUUCGACCUCACCAUAAAGGACAAGCCUCGCUCUGCGUUUGGCAAGCUCAAGGACCGUGUCACGGGGAGGAAGAGGGGGGACAUGGAGUCCUCCUCGGCCAUCGUGCCGGGCCGCUUCGCCGCCCUGUCGGGAAACCUGGGGACGCCGUUUGGAGAUGACAGUGGUGGAGGAGGGCCGCCGGCGGAGUCACGAGACGUGGAGGUUGUGGAGGAGAAGAGGAGCAAGGUGAAAGAUUUCUUCAAAGGGAGGCUGCGUAAGUCGUCUGACACCAGGUCGUGCUCGUCGCUGGCCUCGGAGAGCAGCGUGUCCUCCAUGGCCAGUGAAAACCCUCCACCCAGUCUGGACCUGAUGUCAGACCCUCCCAGCUCUCCCAUCUACACUAGCAAAGUGAGAGUGGACACCCUGUACGGAGAGGCGGAUUUAGCUAAAAAAGUGCUCACCAGCCAGCACACCACAAAGGUUCUCACACACAAGCGAGCCUUCAGCGAUGAAGCCAGUAAGAUCACGACUGCCUUCCCUCGAUCAAACCUCGCCGUGGAGUCUCUGAAGGGUCAGACCAUGACUCAGUCCAAGUCCUCCUUGUGUAUAAACGGCAGCCACGUCUACGACUCCGAGCCGUCGACUCCAAAGAGCCAGUCCAAGCUGGUCCUGCUGGAGAAGUGCUCCCCGCUCUCUCGCUCCCUGCAGAACCUCACCAGGGACAAAGGUUCCUCCGCCGAGGGCCGACGCUGGUCCUUCGACAAGACGAAGAAAGAGGAGAAGGAGGAAGAAAAGGACACUCAGGCGUCGUCUCCCCCAAUUCAUCAGGCAGAGAUGCCGGUCGUCUCCUCGGCUGUUUCGCCCGACAAAGGCAGGAAGCUGAGAAAGACGUUGUUCUCUGGAGGGAGGAGUGAUUCUCUUCCAGCGAAGUCCGACCUGAACCAGGCUGGGUCGACGUCUGAGGGGAGACUCAGAGGCUGGUUUGGCUCCGGUGAAUCCCAGAACAAGCCGAGGCUGGAAGUUUCUCCUAAAGUAGAAAGCAGCUCAGACGUACCCCCUCCCCUCCCUCCUCGCUCCCCCGUUGCCCCUCAGUGCUCCUCCCCCUCCGCUCAUGUCUCACCCGAUGACUGCAAUAACACCAAUCCCUUCACCCCGUCCCCCUCUCCCGCCACGACCCCCAUCUCCCCCUCCAACCCGUUCCCCUCGCGUGUGCAGCGCAACCCCUUUUACGAGGAUCUCAUAGCGGAGGAGUCACAGAGGUCUCCUCCUCCUUUUGGUUCGUCUCCCUUUCAUUACACCACGCUGCCCUCCCAGCCGCCCUGCACCCCCAGCCCUGCUCACGAUGCUAACGCUACAUCCAUGGCUUUCUUGAAGCGGGAUCGCCCCAGGCCGGUAGCUAGGCAGAUAUCACUCCCUGCGUUACUCCCCAAAACGGCCACACGUAACCCCUCCGCCCCUCGCUCAAUGUCAGAGAGCGCCGGAGAAUGGGACGACUCGUUUGAUGCCUUCGCCUCCAGCAGGCUCAACUCACCUAAAGGGCCUCAGAAGAAAACCAGUCCAACGUCAUCUCAUAGACAUCUUAAUAAUCAUGCUCAAGAGCUGCAAACAUGUGAAGAGGAGCCUCCACCUUUACCUCCGAGGAAACUUUUAAGAACGUCAGCGAACGAGAUUUACUCCGAUGGCUGGCUGCACAGAGGUCAAGAGCUGGCGGUCCAUAAAGAAGCCUACCUCCUCUCACAGACCGGCGUGGCCUCGCUGCAGCAUGGGAGAAGCAGCGUAUCUCCAGACCCUCACACCAGCAGCGAAACCUCCGACUCCCUCAGCGUCAACUCUCAGCCGUACGCUAAUAUCACUUCGCCGGGAUUCAUGUCGGAAGAAAAGCUCAGAAAGUUCAAAUAUGAACCUUUGGAGGAUGAAACCGACCGCUGGGGGGGGAUGUUGUUUGAGCAAGACUUGUACGGACGCAUGUGCAGAGGAAACUACGGACAACCCAAAGUAAAUCAUUUAUCAUUGAGCGCUGAAUUAUCAGUUGCAAAUAAGAUCACUUCAUCUAUGAACUCAGGACCUAAAAUACUUGUUGAUAGCGAGAUAUCUGUCGCAGACCUUUUGAACAUGCCGUCUACUGCUCCCUCAACGCCAGAUGCAAAAGUACCAGACAUUACAACCUCUCCAGCAGAGGAGACUAAUCCACCUGAAACCACAUGCGUCAACAAUAACGUGUCUUUCUCGCUAACUUCAGAAGAUCUGAACAUGAAUGUGAGUAAUUCUGAUUUUGGUUUCAUUGAUUCAGACGGCUCCUCUCAGUCAGAUGUAGUCGAUACUCUCAAGGGCAUCAGGAGUUUUCCAAAACCGCCAGAAGCUUUACAGAUAGCUGCCUACCAUGUGGAGACAGCGACCACACCUGAGGACAUGUUCACCUUGAAGGACACCUACAUACCUGAGAUGAACUCUUCUUUUGAAAUAACUGCAUCAUCUAACAAACUGUACAAAGUCUCUCCAGUUUUUAAAGACAAUUGUGAGCUGAAUAACGUGGCAGCACAUGCUAACUCCAGGGUGAACGGCAGAGAGAUCGCCGCUUCGUCGUCACAAAAUCCAACAGCUAACUUAGCCGAUUUUGAAUCCAGAGACGUUGCAUCAAGCAGUGCGGAGGAUUUUAAAAAGACACAAAAGGACUUUGACGAUAAUGGAAAUCUGCAAACUAAAAUAGGUGCUCUUAACCAGAAGGAGCCAUUUCCUGGCGUGGUUAGUGCACGUUUUAGACCGAAAGGAGUGUCCCGACAGAACAGCAGCGGCAGCCCGGGCAACCAAAGCAAAAGUGGAGACCGAGAGUUCGAACAGUUCUUGUCCCUCGUUCAAAACAUGUCAGAAGCCAGCGAGGGACCGCUGUCGUAUCAGCCCUCUAAAUCAGCUCUUUCUUCCUUGCUGGCGUUAGUAGACAGCACCACACAUCACAACGAAUCUUCCGCAGCAACAGGAAAAUCCUCUGAUAUCAGUUUCCAGGACCUUCACGCUAAAGUUGCACCAACCCCGUCAAAGAUUGGGCAAUCUUUGCAAGAAACCUCUCCUCCCGCCAUCCCACGUACUCUCUCCUUCACUCAGGCUACGCUCCACCCUCCCCCUGUCUGUUGCCCCUCCAUACAUCCCUCGAGCAUGGCUGGAGCCAGCACUACUCUGGCUGUGGCCCCCUACACCUCCUCUUCCUCCUCCUACUCCACCACCUCCACCACUGACCAGCUCCUGGUCGAUGCACGGCACUCACUUUUACCCGAGGAGACUCAGCCAGCUAGCAGCCUGCCAGCCUGUCAGGAGAGCAGACCUCAUCCAGUGAAGCCGUUGACCUCCAGCCAGUCAGAGAAGAAGGAGGGUCGCUCGGUUCUGGAGAAGCUGAAGUCGACCAUCCACCCCGGACGCACCGCCGCUGCCGCCCAACAGGUCGCAGCAGAGCCUGAGAGGACUCAGGAGGUGACGGUGGACAACUCGGCCCAGUACCAGCACCUGACCAACAUGGAGCUGAUCUCCCUGCUGCUGCAGCAGGAGAUGGACAUGCAGAAGCAGCAGGCGGCGUCCGAGCGGCAGGCGGCGCAGCUGCACAAAACUGAGAACGAUCUGAAGAAGGUCAAGUUACAGGUCCGAGACCUGGAGGACUACAUUGAUAAUCUUUUACUGCGGAUCAUGGAGCAGACGCCAACGCUGCUUCAGGUGCGCAAUAGACACAAGUGACGACGGUGACGUACGAUCCUCUAGAAUACUGUUUCCUCACGAGUGGGUGUGUUGUUAUUUAAGAUUGGGAAUCACUGUUCUAGAGUCAGUCACAGUCACACUAAUGCUCUCACAAUCAUCCAGGUCUUCUCACUGCUAAUACUGCCUUGUUGAUGUAGACACGAUGUUACCCAACAUGCAUGCUGGAUACUCUCCCAAUUUGGCACGAACAGAAAACAGAAUAAAUUACGAGCUUCUAUCAAAGCCAAAUGGUUAUUUUACUCAUGCUUUGUAGAAUAAUUUAAGGUAGUCAGCUGUUGUCAAUUUAAACUUUAAACUCACUGCUUUCACACAUGCAUAAAAUAAAAUACAGACUAGAGAAAAACACUUUUUGGAAGUACAUUUAAAGUGCUUAAAGUAGUUCCUCUGGCAAAAUAUGACGUUAGCACAAGUGACCUUAACACUGAUGCUGUCAAAGUGUAAAAACAACAUUUUGUGCAGAGUGCAGAAAGGUUAACUUGAGGUAAUUGCAUAUUUUCAACUAGAAUUUAGGAAAUGCAUAAAAUGCUGCGCUGCAAUGUGAAUACUUUAAAAAGAGACGUUUCUGCAUUAACAUCGCUGUAUGAUAAGCAAAAAAAAACAAUAUUCAUGUUUGAGCCUGAAAACACUAAAGAAGACGGAGACUUAUUGUUUUUGUUUCUUUGUUUUACUUUUUACAAAAUACAGAUUGUUAAAUUCUUAUUUCUUGUUACAAGCUAAAACUACAAUUUUAAUAUAUUUUUAUGGUUUGUUUUGUCCAUUCUGCACUUUUGUUGUUGAAAUAGCAACUUUAGAAAUAACACAGCAUCAAUGCAGUAGAUAAAAGUAUAAUAAGUUAUUUCUAUAAAAUACUUUUGUCAUGAUAAUAAUAUAUUCUCUAAUGUCACUCUAGUACCACUGUAGCUACUUGCAAUGCUUUACAUGACCGCAGUACUGUACUGUAAAACAAUAAAGUGCACAUGAGCCAAA